CUAUCUAGCAUUCAACCCCCAAAAGUGCAUUGGUGCUAUUCCCCCUCUAAUUAAUACAAUACAUAGAACAAUAUCCCCAUUCCUAUAAUUAACAUUAAAGCCAACACCAACACCGCCUUACAAUGACCACCAACUCCCCCUCUACAAUGCAAGCAAUCGUCAUCUCCGCCUUCGGGGCCCCCUCCAACCUCGUCAUCCGCACCGUUCCGCUCCCCACCCCCACCCCCGGCACAGCGCGCAUCAGAAUCCGCGCCUUCGGCAUCAACCACGCCGAGAUGCACAUGCGCCGCGGCGAGUGGGCCGAGUCGGUCCCCAUCAGCGGCAUCGAGUGCGUCGGCACCGUCGACGCCUGUCCCGGCGGCGAGUUCGCGCCCGGCACCGCCGUCGCGUCCGUCAUGGGCGGGCUGGGGCGCACCAUCCCCGGCAGCUACGCGCAGUACACGGUCGCGAGGGUCGAGAACAUCGUGGCGCUUGCGAAGGCCGGCGAGGAGCCGGCGCUGGGCUGGGCGGAGCUUGCCGCCCUGCCGGAGUCGUAUUGCGUCGCGUGGACCUGUCUGUUUCGGAAUCUGGGGUUGGAGAGGGGACAGAGGUUGCUGAUCAGGGGUGCGACGUCGGCGCUGGGGAGGGCGGCGCUGAACUUGGCAGUUAAUGCCGGUGCGGUAGUGACGGCGACGACGAGGAGCGAGGGGAAGUUUGCGGAGCUCGAGGCGCUAGGCGCGGCGGAUGCCGUGGUCGAGGGUCCCGGCUUGCCGGAAAGACUGCGAGAGAGCGGGAGGGCGGAAAAGUUUGAUAGGGUUUUGGAGUUGGUUGGGAACAGCACGGUGGUCGAGUCGCUGACGCUGGUGAAGAGGGAUGGCCGGCUAUGUCUCGCGGGGUGGCUUGGGGGUCUUGACCCCAUCAAGGACUUUAACCCAUUGUUGCAGAUGGCCAGCGGGGUGCAUUUCAGCUUUUUCGGCAGUUUUGUGUUUGGCGCGCCCGAGUUCCCUCUGUCGGACGUUCCGCUGGAGAGCAUUACCCGCGCCGUUGCUGAUGGCAAGUUUGACGCGAAGCCGUUCAAGGUGUUCAAGUUUGGGGAGGUUCAAGAGGCGCAUCAGUAUAUGGAGGAUGGCCGGGCAAGUGGGAAGAUGGUGGUUGUUGUGGAUGUGUGAGACGGCGGAAGUGAAGCUGGUGUAAAGUAAAUAAACUAAAGCGGAAAUGAAGGCACUAAUUAAUGAUUCCUUUGGGGAGAGUAGGAGGACCAUUGGGAAACUUGAGGAAACCCGAAGGACAGGCCCGGAAGGACAGCGGCGAGUCGCAGCCCGACU